GCUUUGCAGUGCGAGUUGGGUUGAGUUGAUAGUUGAAGGCAACAGGAUGGCGGUCGGCCCAGCCAGCCCUGUCAACAAUGUGCUUUCGCCAGGAAAGGUACGGUCAGCUCGAAAUAGCUGCAAACUGGCGGUCUCUUGUGCAUUGAUCGCACCGAUCGCCAAAGGCGAUGCUGAUGCUGAUGCUGAUGCGAGAUGGCUGCCAUGCCAGCGUUGGGCGUUCCAUAGUCCGCAUUGAGAUUGAGAAGAGGCCGGCCAGAUCGAGACUGUACUGUACCUCACUCCUCCAAGCUGAUGCUGGCCGUGGCGCAGGCCGAUCAGCCCGUUUCUGGACUUUUGGCGGUUGCAGUGUCAUACGUUAUUUACUUUUUUUCUGUUCUUUUAUUUAUUUAUUUUAUUUUUAUUUUUAUUGUUACUCGAGAUUUCUUCUGCUUCCUUGCUUUUUAACUUUUUUUUUUCUCUUCUUUAUUGUUGAAAGCCUCUCGAUGAACAUUGCGGUGAUUGGAUUGGGCUAAAUUCUCCGUUUGCAAGGUUGUGUGUUGAAUUUGCACGGGUAGCUGCAAGAUAUGUCGGGUAGGACAAAGAAAUGGAAAGACCGAACAGAAAUGCAGAGCUUGAUGCG